GCCACGAAGAAGUGUUGUGAACAAGGAAGUGAGUAUCUUACAGGAAGCCAGCGUUAAGCUGCCUUUUGUUUUGUUUUCUCUAUCGACUUAAUACGAGUCAUUUCUCACCAGACUAGUUCGCUAGAUUAGUUAACAGGUUAUCUAUUCAUCUUCUUUGUUUCUGUUAAGUUAAUGUCUGUAUGACAGUUUGGUGACAUUAGUUAGCAGUGAGCUAACAGCGGAGCUAACAGGCCGCAUUAGAUAGACACCACAGAACAAAGCUCCAGGCUGCUGUCACCUGUUCGUCGCCCAGGUAACGCUACCUGUACCCGGCUAACAGACACCACAACAAGUCGGUAGUGAGAUUGGAUGAGCAUGUACGCCCCGCCGGGUUCAGCUGUACCGGGAGGCCGGAGGAGGAGAGGAGGGACCUCUCUGCCGAAGCAGCCGGAGCGGAGCCUGGUGUCGGCUCUGCCCGGAGCUCUGUCCAUCACGGCGCUGUGCACAGCGCUGGCCGAACCGGCCUGGCUCCGGGUCCACGGAGGGACCUGUCCGAGACAAGAGCUCGGGGUGGCGGAUGUGCUGGGCUACAUCGACCCCAAGCUACUGGAUGAUUACUGUGUGAACCCGCAGACCAUCUUGCUGAUGAGAGUGAUCGCUGCCUUCUGUUUCCUGGGAAUCCUGUGCAGUCUGAUUGCUUUCCUCUUGGAUGUGUUCGGACCAAAGCACCCUGCACUAAAGAUCACACGCAGAUAUGCAUUUGCACAUAUUCUCACAGUGUUGCAGUGUGCCACAGUCAUAGGCUUCUGCUACUGGGCCUCGGAGCUCAUCUUGUCACUACAGCAGCAACACAAAAAGUACCACGGCUCCCUCAUAUACGUCACUUUUGCCAUCAGCUUCUACCUGGUGGCAGGGGCAGGCGGAGCCUCUAUCCUCGCCACAGCCGCGAACCUGCUGCGCCACUACCCCACCGAGGAGGAGGAGCAGGCUUUAGUGCUGCUCUCAGAGAUGGAGGACAGCAGUGAAACUUUUCCUGCCGAUUAUGACAUUGCCAAUCAGUUUCAGCCGCCGCCUGCCUACACGCCCUAAUGCCGCCAGACUGGCCUUGUUAACACUCGCUUCUCUCUCUCUCUCUCAGCACGGCUAUUGGCUCGAUGAGCAAACCCCACUCUUUAUCAAAUGGAUAUCUUCGCAAAUACUAUCUCCAUAAUGAACACGGCGUGCACAGUUAGUGCACAAACUCCUUGACUGACUGACAGUGCUUGGGUGCAUGAAAAGCUUUCUUUUGUGGUGGCAGACAUUUAGGAGAUGAUUCUUACUUUCACCACUGAAGUGGUUAGGGAUUUGCAUGUAAAUGGCUUUUAGGAUUUGGUUCUUACAUGUAAAGCAAACUAAACUGCGAGGAGUGCUCAACAUGGUUCAUCAUAAGUAAUUGAUGAAAUAGCCGCAGCCCGAUCAGUGCCAAUUUAUUGAGGCUGGGCUGUCGGCAGAUUGUCAGCGGCUGUAUUGCUCUGGGUCGGAUCAAGGAUGAAGCUUUGUUAAGCAUCAUUUUGAUUUAGAUUUUGACAUGCUUGCGGUGUGUAUGAUGUUAUUUUACUGAUGCAUCAAAAAUGCAGAAAUACACUGAGAAGAUUGUAUAAGACAUUUUUCAUAUAAAGUAUCAAAUGGACCUGAUUAUUUAUUAUUUAGUUGUCUGUGCUGCAUCUUAUUUUCCUUUUCUUUUGCUUUGUAGACACCCGUCACAGGUUUAGUCUUAUUAAUUAAUCACAUCUUUUAUUUGAAAUAGUACUUAAAAAUUGUCAAAAAAAAAAUGUGAGACCCAUCUUUGUGGUGUUUUAAAAAGGAUUAUGGCAUCGAGAACCAUCAGCCACGGAGAAAUUGAGAAACAUGUUUCACAAUAAGAGACAUUUAGUAACAGGAACCUCACCGCAUAAGUUUGUCACGACACGUUUCUUGUAUUUGAUUUUUUAAAAACAGAAACUAUUUGUGCUUUGUGAUUUACCAUACCUGACCGUUUCAGUAUGUGUUUUUUUUAAAUGCAUGAGUUUCGUUCGUGUGCAAAUUUUAAACCAUCAGGCAGAAUUGUUUGAGAACAUCUCACAUCAAGGUGCCAGCUGAGGCUUAAAAUUGUGAUUGAUGUGGUGACUCUAGUUGGGUGUAUAUUGUUCUGUUUUACUCCAUUUCUGCAUUUUGUUCCUCAAAUUGUCAUAAUAUACUUUCAACACCAGUAUGUAAAUAUUGAUUGUUUCUACAUAAAAAGUGGUCAUAAUAAAAAUUAAUGCCAUA